AUGGCGCCCGCAACUCCAACCAAGUCCAAGGCCAAGGGCGGCGGAGGCUUGGAUUUGCCCCGGCCUUUCAGCGCCGAAGACCAACGCCUCUUCACCAAAAAGAUCGACAAGCUGAUCAAGAAGAGGGAGAAGAUGAACAAGAAGAUGAAGUCGCUCAACAAGAUGACUACGACGGACGAAGCCAGCGCACAGCUGCAGCGAGAGCAGCAGGAGGACUUACAGCGAACCUCGCGCAGUAUCAUGAAGCGAGAGCAGAAGUUGAAGACCCUUCACACCAAUAUCUUAGAGGAGAGAGAGAAGCUUCGCAAGGCCGAUCCUUCUAACGCCAAGCGCGCUGAAGACGUCACUUUCCUGAAGACCAUGCUCGCGAAGCUUGAGAGUGCCGGAACUCCCAAGUCCUCAAAGCGGAAGGCCUAUCGAAAUGCAGUAGAUGAUGCCUUGCCGUCUUCGUCUUCAAGCUCCGACUCUGACUUCGAAUACCUGGUCAGCGAGAACGACAACCACAGCACCAUUGAGCCCGAUCUGGGCAACAAGCAGAAGUCCCCUUCGGAUGAUGUCCUAUUUUCCGACAUCAAGAAGGACAAGAGAUCCAAGGAUCAGCACGCCGAGGAGAAAAACAAGAAGAAGCGGAAGAAGUCUAACCCAGUUCCCGCUGAAGAGAUCACCAUUUCCACUGCGGCUGCCGGAAAGGGCAAGAAACACAAGAAGCUCGAGAAGUCUGGAGAGAAGUCUGGCGAGAAGUUGAGCGAGAAGGUGGCAGAAGAUUCUGUCACAACCAACACGCCGCAAAGCAUCCAGGCAAACAUGUCUACCGAGAACGCCGCCACCACCAAGAACAAGAAAGGCGGCGACACUAAAGCACUUGAGCAAAAGACAUCUUCAGGAAAGAGCACUCCGAAGGGUCCGACUCCCAUCCCCAUUCCCAGGAUUCCGACUUAUUCAAGCGCUGGACGAAUCCCCUUCAACCCAUUCUUGGGUCUCCGCAAGUUCAGCACUGGCAAUCCCGAGCCUGAGCCGUUCACUACUCCGCCGGAGAAGCCGAAGGUCAGCAAGCCUACCAGUGAGGAGAACGGCCAGACUUGGGUCCUCAACAGUGCUAGCUCGCGCAAGAAGAACAAGCGCAGCGACUCUGAUGCCAAGAGUGUGACCUUGACGAUUGGUAAAGUCGAGACACCUUACGACGCCGAUCAGGAGUCUCCGACUCCCCCUUCCAAGAAGGAUAAGAAGGAGAAGAAGAAAAGAGGCAGGCCCAAGAAGACCAAGGGAUCUGUCGCUACUCAGCAACCAUCCUCUGCUGCGGAGGCACAGUCGUCCGUCUCAGCUGUUCAUGCGUCUGGUGGCCUCAUCCAGUCCAACAAUGCCGGUCCUCGGGGCCUAUUGGCACAGCUAGGACCUGGUGCCGGACCCAUUCCGCGUUCCCAGGAGCUGCAGAAGGCGAUCGACAAUGACAGGCUCAUGUUUGCCCAAGAGAGAGAGGCCUUGCUUAAGUCUAUGAGAUUCUGA